GGUUGUACGGACGGACUUUGUCGCUGGCGCUGCCAGUGGGAGCUCGGGCCAGGCCGCGGAGCUGCCGUGGCGAGAGGGCAGUAAGAGUGCGCACGUAGGCGCCGCUCUGCGGUCCGGGGGUCGGCCUGCGCAGAUGUCUUCACAUCCAGAGGCCCCAGCAGCCACCACGGUGGCCGCAGGGGUGGCCGCAGUGGCUCCUGAGAAGGUGCUCAGCCAGCUGCAGGGCGAGAUCCAGCGCCGCCGGCUGCGCGUCCGGGAGCUGUUCGAGGGCUUCGACCCUCUUCGCAGCGGACGCUGCACCUCCUCCCAGUUCCAGCGCGGCAUCAACCGGCUGUCCCCGCAGGUCUCGCCCGAGGCGGGGAGGACGCUGGCGGAUUACUUCACCGAGCAGGACCGCCCCGGGCCGCAGGCGGUCAACUACAGGCAGUUCUCGCAGGCCGUCGACGGCGUGUCCGGCCUGCCCGCCUUCAGCCUGCCCAGGCCGAAGACGACGGGGCACGGCGCGCGCGCGGAAGGAGGCCCAGCCCGAGCGGGCGCGCGCCCGGCCACGCAGGGCGCGCCCGUGAGUGCCCGGUGCGAGCGCGACCUCCGCGGGGGGGGCGACCUCCUGCCGUCCGCGCGCAGCGCCAUGGCCUCCACCGAUGUGGGCGACGCGGGCGACGUCGGCAGCGCGGUGGUGCAGAAGGUCCGCGGCAUCGUGAAGCGCAGGUCGCUGCGAGUCCACGGCGCCUUCCACGACUACGACCCGCUCCGCCGGGGCGUGUGCUCGCCCACGCACAUGCGGACGGCGCUCACGCUGCUGAACAUCGCCCUGCAGCCGGCAGAGCAGGACGCGCUGCUGCGGCUCUACGGGGUGCACGGCUGGGACAGGAGCGACUUCGACUACCGGAAGUUCUGCAACGACGUCAACGGGGCCCGCGUCUACGGCGGUGCCGAGGCGCCGAGCGAGGACCCGCUGGACCAGCCGCGAGGGAUUCCUGUCGACCGACCCGAGUCCAGCGGCCUGGCCAUGCAGGAGCAGGGCAUCACUCAGAUUUUUGCGAAAAUGUGCAAGCAGCUCCGCGACUGGCGGUGCGAUGUGAAGGACGGCUUCCUAGACGCAUUUAGGCAGUUCGACCCAUGCCACCGCGGCGUCAUCACCCCGCAUCAGUUCGGCCGUCUCGUCAGCAUGCGGGGCUUCUCUUUCACGGAGGCGGAGUUGAAGUCGCUCUGCCUGGCCUUCACGGACCACUCCGAAGGAGGAGCUGCUUUCCGGUGCCAGGACUUCCUGGACGCGCUGACCACCUACAUGGCCAUUCACUCCGGCGGCGAUGACAGGUCCUGCCACGCAUGUCCAGAGCUGGCCGGUGUCAGAAAGCCGUCCGCAUCCAAGGGCGCUGUGAGUGUGCCCGCGGAGGCCGUGAACGUGGAGCAGCGUGGAGUCGGGCAUGCACUUGCCGAGGCAACGGCGGCGCCCCAUGCUGCAAGCAGCAUACCCAUUGCGUACCCGCCCACGCGCUGCAAGAGCACGGCAGCACACAGGGCGGCGAAGCGAAGGCUGCAAGCCUCAAACUGA